GUAAUUUUCUUGGUCACAGCAAAAAUGGCGGAGGUCAGGCUGGGAACUAGCAAGCGAGCCUACACUUACUUAAAAACCACAUACUCUCAGUCACCCCUAAGGUUUGAAGGCAAAGGUGCGAUACAAGCGGCAACUGUAACAGUUAACCGAUUGGAUGACGCAAAAAAUAACCGAGAUCAAACCCAGCAGAUUUUUAAAUGGAGUCAAGCUGUCGGAAUUCCUUGGAAGGGCAUGAGGUUUGAAAUCACAAGGACUCCGUGCGGUCUAACGGACGUUAUAGUUGUCAACAAACUUUGCCACGACCUUGGAUUGAAACGUUACCGGGAGGAACUGCUUUGUGCAUUUCAACAGAACAACGUUGACAAUCAGCUGCCUGAUACACGCAGUGAGCCGCUAUGUUUUUGCCUCAGUUCGCCUCUAAAGCCAGACAGUCAGGUCAAACUCAUGGCCAGAUUGUUUAGCAGGAGGGGAAGCUGUCUGUUGGUGCCCACCACAAAGUUCGACCAGAAAAGGACAUUCAGCACGGUGCUGUUUACAAAUAGGCAACCAAGAGUGACAUCUAAUCUGCUAAAUAGUUAUGAACAGCUACUGAGUAGGUGUUACGGCAGCAGUGACGGUAACUCGUCUGAGACUCUAUACAAAACCAAAACCGGAUAUUAUGAUAUCCUUGAGGUAAAUCCAAACGCAACCCACGCUCAAAUAAAAACAGCUUAUUACAAACAGUCUUUCAUCUACCAUCCGGACAAGAACGCAGGUAGCGAGCACGCUACUCUCCGCUUCUCUGAUAUCAGCGAGGCUUAUCAUGUUUUGGGAAAUAAAGGUUUGAGAAAGAAAUACGACCGAGGUAUUUUGAGUCAAUCAGAUAUUACAGGAGCCAGUAGACCUACAGGAAAGGGCACCAGUAGUUCAACGUCUCAGCAAACCAGGGCUACACAGUCUGCUGCUGUGGGCAUAGACAGUCAAAACAUCUUCGACUUUGACAAAUUCUACAAGUCUCACUACAGUGAACAACUUCAAAGAGAUAAGGAACUGCGCCAAAGAAAAGAAGAUUUAAUGAGGAAGAAACAUGCGGAUUUAAAGGACAGGGAGGUGGGUAGAAUGCUGGAGAUGGGCGUAGCAAUGCUGGUGGUAAUGGCAGUGAUCAUUUUGAUCAAUUGAAAUUGACACUGGUCUUGCACGGGACAUUACUUCAGCUUAAAUCACAGGAUACACACAAGGUGUGAGUGCAGUGGACAUCAGAACAACAAACAUCUGUCAACAAAAAUGAUUGGUCAUCAUUUUUGCAAUCUCUGCUUUCUAGUUUCUCUAGGAAUCACAAUCUGCUAUUGAAAAUGCUAUACGCCUAAAUAUGUUUUAAGCUAAAACCAGGCUAUAAGUGAUAUGACCACACCACAAAAUACCACUCUUCUGUACAAUUUACCACCACAUUGUCCGUUUUAAAACCAGUCUGAAAUGUAAAAGUGGGAAAGAUGGAAGGUAUGCUGUUGGCAGUGAAAUAGUUCAAUAUUCAAAGGAAUAGUGUAAAGUUAGUUGAAAAGUGUUUCAGUCUGGGCAAUUUCACUUGGAUUUGUCAUAUUUCAUAUUACGGAGAAGGGAAUUGAAAAUAGCAUUAUCAACGUGUCACUGAGAGCCCAGAUGUAAUGAAAAUAAAACACUCAAUUCCUCUGGCUUUUAUAUUUGAUGUGAAGGACUGGACAUUUUGUUUGAAAAUGAAGCAAAACGACAAAUGGAUUAAAUACUUGAGCAUCCUUUCAAUGAGGUGAUUCUACACUUUCAAAGCUGUACAAGGGAGUGCUUGUGCAUGCUUUGUGCACUUUGAACCAGUAGCCCUUCGAUGAACAUGAAACGUGGAUUAAAGGUUCCAAGAUUGGCUUGACCUCUAGUGGAAGAUGGAGGAAAUCUUUCCCAAGAGACUUAUGCCAGUGGAAAGUAAUGUGUAUAUUAAAUUGCCGGAAAAAUGUGCCUUUAUUUAACCACACGUUCUAUGUAAUUAAGAGGAAUAAAGUAUUUAUGAUAUGCUCAUUGAAGCAUUACAUUGAA